AGUAAACAAUAAACAUUCGGAGUAUCAAAAUAUAACAGCUUUAAAUUUAAACAAAACAUGUUACUCAAAGUAUCGUGUAAAUUGAACAAUUUUCUUAGUAUUAAACAUGGUAUAAAGAAAUAUUACAGUGUUCUAGCUUCUGUAUUAGAAAAGCCUGAACUUGGGGAAAAUGUUGAAAUUAAGGGUUGGGUAAAGAGCUUACGAGUCCAAAAGGAAUUGGUAUUUGCAGAUGUAAGUGAUGGUUCCUGUGCUCAGAAACUACAAGUUACUAUUCCAAAGCACUUAAAAACUAAUGAUCUUACCUAUGGCAGUGCCGUUAACAUCACUGGAAAACUAGCUAGAAGUCCUCGGGGACAAAUUGAAUUACUCGCAGAGAAUGUUAAAAUCUAUGGAAAAUGUGUUGUUCUGGAUGGCUAUCCAUUUAAUCCUCGUACUUCACAUCCUCCAGAAUACUUACGUCGGUACUUACAUCUUAGGUCACGAACAAACUACAUAUCAGCCAUGCUAAGAAUUCGACAUUCUGUAACACAACUAAUUCAUAAGUAUUUUUCAUCUAAAAAUUAUAUAAACAUACAUACACCUAUUAUUACAUCAAAUGAUUGUGAAGGUGCUGGGGAAAAUUUCAAAGUAUUGCCAGAUAAUGAGGAAACAGUAAAAUCAAUGAUGCAGCAGGGACUUAAUAGUGAAACAGUUUAUUUUGGCUCAAAAGCAUUCCUCACUGUGUCUGGUCAGUUGCACUUAGAAGCAGUCUGUAGAGGAAUGGGUAAUGUAUACACAUUUGGACCAACAUUUCGUGCAGAAAACUCAAAAUCAAGGUUACAUUUAUCAGAAUUUUACAUGUUAGAAGGAGAACUAGCAUUUUGUGAGACUUUAGAACAUUUACAAAAUACAAUUGAGGACUUUCUCAAGUUCAUUUUAACUGAAAUAAGAAAUUCAAAUGAAAAAGAUUUGAAUUUAAUUGACAAAAAUAACACAACUCCUACAUGGCUAAAUAAACAAUUUAUAACUUUGAAUUACGAUGAAGCAAAGAACAUUUUAGAUAAGAAAGGUAUGAAUACUGCAGAAGUUGGUAUAAAUAAGGAACAAGAGUUAGCCUUAGUUGAUUAUUGCAAUGGAGUUCCAGUUUUUAUUGUGAGGUGGCCUAAAUCACUUAAAUCAUUUUAUAUGAAGGAAUCACAAAAUGAUCCAGAAAAGGUUGAUGCCUUGGAUUUAUUGGCUCCAAUAACAGGCGAAAUUGUGGGUGGCAGUCUGAGGGAAGACAAUUAUGAAAAAUUAAAAUUGAAACUACCCUCCGAAUCUUUAAACUGGUAUUUGGAGCUUAGAAAGUUUGGUAACAUACCAACAGGUGGCUUCGGACUGGGCUUAGAGAGGCUUCUACAAGUGAUAUGUGCAAUUCCAAAUAUCAAGGAUACUUUGCCAUUCCCCAGGUGGCCCCAUAAUUGUAGCAUGUAGAAAAUAUGUAUUAGAUGCUGUUAAUGUUAAUAAAAAUUUAAUUCGCAGAA